UCGUGAUUUUAUGAUCGGCUGAGAGGUUUAGAUUGCGUACAAUAAUUUUACAGAGCGUGAUUGCUGGACACAACAUCACGUUUUCUCUCGCUGACAUUCCGUCCGAUUUCUCGUGAGCGCGUUUCUCGCAUCACUCGGUUGUGACGUUUCUCGCUCUAAACCUCGCAAGACAUAUGACAUUUGCUGAUCGAGACCUGGCACUCGUGUCUCGCCAUUUUUGUCCGCGUUGUCCUGAGAACGGUUUCGGAGAACGAAAUCUCUCUCGUCUUCGACCAUUGCCCCAUUUUUUUGCCGCUCAAAAAACAGUCGUAAGAGCAACCUUUUCCUGAAAUUGCGACAUUCUAGUAUUAUUGGUCGCGCGUAAAAAUCAUAUUCUUUGUUCCCGCGAGAGAAAGAGAGACCGGUCCCUUUCCACAGGACCUCUCUCAACGAUAUCCCAGGAUAUAUAAUAUCUAAGGAUUUCCGCGAAAUAUUCUAGCAAUCUCCCUGAUCCACCGGUGGGAUGCUACAUUGAAGCAAGAUAGCAAUCUUGCAUGGACCAUUCGCAAGAUAAAAAAAUCGAAAACAUAGGCAGAAUGACGGCGAUGACGCAGGAGGAAAUCGUGGCCGGUGCACGAACGGUCGCUCAAGGCUUGGAAGCACUUCGAGUUGAGCAUGGUGGCUUGCUACAGGGCUUGCAAGCUCAGGAUGCACCAGCUGCCCGCGACAAGGCUAGUCUGUUGUCCAAGAUCAUCGAAAUGAUCGAUUUGGGCCUAGGCGAGGCGCAGGUAAUGCAGGCGCUAACAAAUCAUCUGCAAAUGGUGGAGGCGGAAAAGCAAAAACUGAGGACACAAGUGAAGAGGCUAUGUCAGGAGAAUGCUUGGCUCAGAGAUGAACUCGCUGGUACUCAACAGAAAUUACAAGCGAGCGAACAAGCCGUUGCUCAGUUGGAAGAAGAUAAGAGACACUUAGACUUCAUGGCCAGUAUGCGGCAAUAUGAUCCGGAUCCAUCGACAGAAGAUGAGAAUGCUAAAGAUCGACCAAAGGACGAUCCCGUGGUAGAUCUCUUUCCGGAUGACGAUGCAGAUGAUCGUAAUAGCAAAUCCAUAUCCCCGACUCCGCCAUCGCAGUUUGCCCAACAAGUAAAUGCCGGUUAUGAGAUACCGGCACGUCUGCGCACAUUGCAUAAUUUAGUGAUUCAAUAUGCAAGUCAAGGCCGUUAUGAAGUGGCAGUUCCUUUAUGCAAACAAGCAUUGGAAGACUUGGAAAAGACAUCCGGUCAUGAUCAUCCCGAUGUGGCGACUAUGUUAAAUAUCCUCGCUCUUGUAUAUCGAGAUCAGAAUAAAUACAAGGAAGCCGCGAACCUCCUGAACGAUGCAUUAGCGAUUCGAGAGAAAACAUUGGGUGAGAAUCAUCCCGCGGUGGCAGCAACUCUGAACAAUCUGGCGGUGCUGUAUGGAAAACGAGGGAAAUACAAAGAGGCUGAACCCUUAUGCAAGCGAGCAUUGGAAAUCCGCGAGAAGGUGCUAGGUCGCGAUCAUCCGGAUGUUGCGAAACAGCUAAAUAAUCUAGCGCUGUUGUGUCAAAAUCAGGGCAAGUAUGAGGAGGUGGAACGCUAUUAUCAACGUGCCCUCGAGAUCUACGAGGCUAAGUUAGGUCCGGAUGAUCCGAACGUUGCUAAAACGAAAAAUAAUCUGGCAUCUUGUUAUCUGAAACAAGGGAAAUACAAGGACGCCGAGGUGCUAUACAAACAGGUGUUGACCAGAGCACACGAAAGAGAAUUCGGCGCCAUCGAUGGCGAUAACAAGCCGAUCUGGCAGGUAGCUGAAGAGAGGGAAGAAAAUAAGCAUAGAAAUAAAGAGAACACACCAUACGGUGAAUAUGGCGGUUGGCACAAAGCUGCGAAGGUGGAUUCUCCAACGGUCACUACCACUCUAAAGAAUCUUGGCGCGCUUUAUCGAAGGCAGGGAAAAUAUGAGGCCGCGGAAACACUUGAAGACUGCGCCAUGAGAUCUCGAAGAGAGCACGUGCAGCAAGCAUUGGAAUUGGUAAAUAAGGCGCGAGUAGCUCAACUGCUGGGUGACGAGAAGAGUUCCACCAGGCGCGGCUCCCGGUCAAGUUUAGCCAAUAGUGAACACGAGCAGAGUCACGAGGAGGCGAAUAGCUCGCUGCCGCUAGUGCAAAGGGCGCUACACGAGGGACAAUCGGCGACAGGCAGCAGCCAGCAUCAACACGACGCUAGUCCUAAUAAACCCGGUUUUAAAAACAAGAUCUUCCAAGCUUUCGGUAUUCACACAUCAUCUACGUAGGCUAAGCGGAUACCGUUUUCUAUUUCUAAACCCUUUAUUCCGCCUGUAUCGUUAGAUUCGUUCUCUUCAGCUGCGUCUUUUAUAUUUUCUCCGAGUUUUCAUCUUCCUUUUCCCUUUUUUUCAUUACUCGAUUAUAAUAUCAAUUUUAUUUUGACGGAAUAAAUUAACGUAACUGAAGAGAACAGAUCUAUAAAUGUAAUUUAAAGCUAAAGAAAACGGAUCCAUUUUAAAUGUAAUAUAAAUUAAUGAAAACAAAUCUAUGUUAUGCUUUCGUUCGUUCGCCAGUUAACGAUUUUCUCUAGUAAGGCGUCAUUGAAUAGAUAGAUAUAUAGAACUUUUAUAGAAUGAGCAACUUUUUAAGUGAAUUUGCAAAGAAAGAAAAAAGUUUACUUAAUUUCAGUUCUUAAAGCUAGCAUACCUAACAAUUAUUCAUGUCACACACAAUCAAAUUGAUUCUUCUGAUAUCUCUUAGUACUAUAAAGUAAAGCAAAACAUGAAAAUUAUUAAAUAUU